AUGGCUUUUACCGUAUGCACUACAGCUAACAUGCCUUGUUCAAGAGCUCUGCAAUGUGCUGACCUGGCUGAGUUCUUUCCGCUGAUCGAUCACCUCACUCAGCGCCUUCCAUUGUCCUCACUUCACAGGGAGAUAGUGAGGAAAAAGCCCCUUUAUUGGUUAACCAGGAAUCCCAGCAAUGACAGGCAAACAGUGACAUCCAGGAAGCUUCAUCUACUCAGACAAGACUUUGCUGUUCCAUUCAGAAUGGAGAACAAUACAGAACUAUCUGACAUCACCCAGAUCCUGUGGGACAAUGAUGUUAACAGACUGCAGCCAGGGAUAGACUACAAAAUCAACCUUCAGAACCAGGCUGCUGAACAAGCUUUAACAAAUACAGACAUCCCUGAUGGAGCAGGGCUCCCAUUGUUUCUUUUUGUGAAUGAGGACGUUUUCAAAAGGAAAACAUUUUCAGCUUUCAUUUCGCUGCUGGAUAAUUAUGAAGCUGACACAAGAGAACCAGAGGUUAUCACCCCAGAGGAGAGCUUUCUGGAUGCUGUUAUGGAAACGCCAGUGUUGCAGAUUGCACACAGGUACUUAAUCAAGAAAAGGACAGCGAAAGUGAACAAGGAGGAAUUCAAACAGCAGUUGUAUGACAUCUGGUUCUGCCUGUACGCUCGCAAAUGUUCCAGUCUCCCUGAUUCAUCUGGCUUUGAGCAUGUAUUAGGUGGACAAACAGUCAUCGGAUUCCACAAUUAACAGGAAAAGCUUGGUCAUGUAGCUUACAAAGGAUACACCGUGAAAAAUAAUGAGCUCAAGGUAGCAGAUGAAAAGUGCAUGCAAUACUCCAGGUGUGGUCUCACCAAGGUCCUGUAUAGCUGGACCGGAGCUUCACUGAAGACUUCAGACAGUGUUCAGUCUCGUUUGAGAACUUGGGUUUUCUUACUUUGUGGUGGCUUUUUGAGCUGGUUUUCACCUCAGGAUGUGUCUGAGGCCUUGCCAAUCAUGUCGGUGGUUUUUGGGGGUCGUUGGUCGUCAGACCUGUUGGUCUAG